GUGGCCCUGCUGGCGGGGGUCGUGCUGUACCUGGUGAUGGGAGCGCUUGUUUUCAGCACCCUGGAGCUCCCGGAGGAGAGUUCGGCGUACGAUAAACUGAUCACUACCAGGAACACCUUCCUCGAUAACAACACCUGCGUCACCGAGCUGGAGUUCCAGAAGCUUUUGAAGGGAGUGGUGUCUGCGGUGGAGGCAGGCCUGGAUGUGAACAACCAUAAUGCCAACUUUACCACGCGCUGGGACCUGGCCUCCGCCAUCUUCUUCUGUGGUACCAUCAUCACCACCAUAGGUUUUGGGAACCUGUCUCCUCGGACAUGGUACGGCCAGUUGUUCUGUGUGUGCUACGCCCUGGUUGGAAUCCCCAUGUUUGGCAUACUGCUGGCUGGAGUGGGUGACCACAUGGGCACGGUGCUGAGGAGAGCUGUAGCCAAGAUUGAGACCCUCUUCCUGAAGCGUAAGGUCAGGCCGACCACUGUGCGUGUGAUCUCAGCGGUUCUCUCCAUCCUGAUUGGUUGUCUGAUCUUCCUUGCUGUGCCGACAGUCGUGUUUCAGAAAGUGGAGGACUGGUCCUUUCUGGAGUCGCUCUACUUUGUGGUCAUCACUCUGACCACUGUUGGCUUUGGAGACUAUGUACCAGGCGGUCGUGAUGGCAGCAACUGGUUCUUCAAGCCUCUGGUGUGGUUGUGGAUAGUGUUUGGUCUCGCCUACUUUGCCUCAAUCCUCACCAUGAUAGGCAACUGGCUGAGGGUGCUGUCUAAGAGGACCCGUGCUGAGAUGGAGGAGCUGAGGGCCCACGCCACAGACUGGACCCAGAACAUCCAGAACAUGUCCAUGGACUUCCGCAUCCCAAACCCUCUGGAGUUCAACGACCCUUUCCUCCUGCAGCGCCGGCGCUGGAAACGCAGUGAGCGUCGCCGCAUCCGUCGUGGAGCCCAGGGCACUCUGGGAUACUUGGUUCGAGGAGGAUCUGAGAAUGGACACCUGCCAAACCGUUGGGCCGGCCUCUCCAGCUCCAUGAGCCAACUGGAGACCCAUUCGUCUCUUGAGAGGGCGGCGGUGGUGAAGGUCAUGCCACUGGUCAGUGCUGCUGGAGUUGGAACAGUCCCGAGAGCAGGGCCUGCAUUGAGGGUUGACCCCGCUGUGGGUCUGCAGGCGGACGCCAGGUCGUUUCCUCACCUGCUGGGCCGCUCAUUCUCCCUCCCUGUGGCCCACUCCAACUUGGAGCUGAACUCAGCAGGUGCAGCCAUGCAUGGAGGAUCUCCCUCUGGAUCCGAGUCUCCUUUUGACUCCAGAUCAGAUAUGUCCUCAGUCUCCUCAUCCUUUAUGGCGCUCCAGAAGUACCAGCCCUGCCAUACAGUUGGCAGCAUGGAGGAGGGAAGAGUGAGGGCCGCAGACAUGAACACAGCACAAGAAAAAGACAAACUGAUUCUAGCAGAGAAAUGUAUCUCUGUAGACAAAAGCUGUGGAUUUGCACCUGCUCCUGGUUUGCAUGCCCGCUUCCACCGUCCUCCCCCUUCCUGUCCUCUUCCUCGCCACUCAAUCGUCCUUCCCUCACCUCCCCUCCACGCUGCCUCCUCACCCAGCUGCCAGCUGCUGGAUUUCUUCGGAGAGAACCUGGCGUACAUCGACGAGUCCUCAGACACUCUGAGCGACCGGGCCCAACCAGGAGCAAACGAGGAGAGGAAGAGACGGCCGCGAAAGCCAAAGAGGAGGAGCAUGAGGAGGCAGUUGCCACACAGGUGGAGCCCCCUGCAGGUGAGAAGGCUCAGCAGUGAUAUGCAGCCACCAUCGAAUCCUCCCACACCACCUCCUGAAUCCUCUGUUUCAGAUGGACCCCAAGAAAACCGGGCAGGUUCGACUCCAACACUCUGACAGCACCUACACUCAGAACACGGUGCCAAGUCAAGAUGUGACAUAAAGCUGCGGGUUUAUAACAGACGUCACACUCCAACUACUUAGAACAUACAGAACAUACCACAUGCACAUUUCACCAUGAUGGAUAUCGCUAAUCAUCCAGGAUAUUUUUAGUAUUUAAGGUCUAGCCUCACAAAGUCAGCCCACAAGUUUUGCUUUGUUACUUUGUGACUUGUCAAAGCUACAUGGACAUUUGUUCAGGACAAGAAAUCCUUCAUGAGGGCUGUAAUAUGUACAUGAUUGACCACUGCUUCCUUCAGACAAGAGGACGAAGAGACAUGAACCUAAUGUACAGUACAGGCCAAAAGUUUGGA